GGUAUGCGUCUCAUCUUAGACUGCAAGGCUUUUUUCGGCUACAGCGGUGAUUCCAAACCGAUCAUCUACUGGAUGAAGGGGGAUAAGUUUGUAGAGGAGCUGGAAGGACACAUAAGAGAGAGUGAAGUCAGGGUGGUGCGAGAGUUUCUGGGGGAGAAGGAAGUGGAGCUGUCUCUCGUCUUUGACGCUGUUGAGGAUACUGACAUGGGAAACUAUACCUGUAAUGUAGAAAACCACAUCGGUCGUGGCAGUGGAAGUGCCAUCCUGCAGAAAAAAGAUAUGUACAGGUUGGAGCUGGUUGGUGGUCUGGGUGCCAUCAUGCUGUUAUUGGGGAUCUUCACCGCCAUCUAUAAGUGCUAUAAUGUGGAGAUCAUGCUGUGCUACAGACAACACUUCGGCAGCGAUGAAGCAGAUGAUGGCAACAAGGAAUAUGACGCCUACCUCUCUUAUACCAAAGUGGAUUUGGAUUCAGUGGAGCAGGAGAUGAGCGAGGAGGAGCAGUUUGCUCUGGAGAUUUUACCUGACGUUCUGGAGAAACACUAUGGAUAUAAACUCUUCAUUCCGCAUCGCGACCUCAUACCCAGCAGCACAUAUAUCGAGGACCUGGCCCGGAGCGUGGAGCAGAGCAGGCGUCUCAUUAUUGUGUUGACCCCCGAGUUCGUGGCCCGCCGUGGUUGGAGCAUCUUCCAGUUCGAGCCGCGACUGCACAGCAUGCUGGUGACUGGUGAAAUCAAGGUGAUCAUGAUCGAAUGCCCGGACCUGCGCAGCGUUAUCAACUACCAGGAGGUAGAAGACCUCAAACACACCAUCCGAGUGCUGACGCUCAUCAAAUGGCAGGGCCCCAAAAGCAACCAGCUGAAAUCCAAGUUCUGGAAGCAGGUCCGCUACGAGAUGCCAGCUAAGAAAAAAGAGACCAUGUCUCGUCGACAAGUUCUAGAUUCAGGAGAGCAAGGGUUGUUUGGUGACCUGCAGGCGGUAUCUACAGUUGCCAUGACAGCGACCUCUGCAUCGCUAGCGCCUACUCAGGUUGAAAUACCAGACUAUAAUGAGCCUAGUCACAUGCAAAUGCGCCAUUUCUGCCGGAGCUACGAAUAUGAGCUGCCCACCACCGCAAUAGCGACGCUCAAUGGCCGUCACAUGUACUGCAAUUUGCCCAUGACACUGCUGAAUGGCAGACUGACGCAGAAUAACAUUGGGAAAGGCAAGAAAGAGAUUCACUUGAACAGCUCUUUCGUACCGCUGUCUGGACAAGAACUUUCCAGCGAUAUCUGGUAGAACACCUCACAGCAAUUGCCCAGCUUUGCCGAUUUCAUCCCCCUCUCCCUACCCUCCUUUUUAUCUGCAUGAUUUCAUCUAGUUACGGUUCAAAAAGAAACAUGAUGGUUUAUCUCGCUUUCUUCCAGCCUUUAGUGUUUUCAUACUUCGUUCUGACCGAUGAAGAGCUACUGAUAUUGUUUUCCUACUUGAAUUUUAAGGUUAUUAUACUAUGUACAGUUUAUUCACUGCAUCUGCAUCUUCAACAUCGAAGGUUUUAUUUGACAUUCACGUCUUUGGUUGUUAUAGCACAAUAAUGUAAAGACACAGCAGCUCAGAGCUUUAAAGAAUAUUAUGUUCUAUUUAUGCAAAUAAAUACUCGUCAGAUCUAAUAAGCACAUUUUAAUAUUGUUUGUAGCCAGGUAAGAGGAGGUGUACAUUUUUUUUGAUACUCGUCAUUCGACUUAAUUAUUUCCAGGUCGUUUUGGAUGUUAUGUUUUGAUUGUUUUCAUACCCAGCAUUUCAGUGCUGUCAAACGGUUUGAUCGUUGACAUUUAUUGAUAUUUAUGAUCAUUUUACCGAAUUUGUAUGCAAUGUUGCCCUCUUAAUCUAGUUUAAAGAAAUGACAGAUCACUAAAAUGAGUGAUUUCGUUUUGUAUACUCACGUCUAGUAUGCCAUUUUACUCUUCAGAUACAUACAGUGAUGUGUGGGAGAGUGACUUACAAAUAUCUGAGCUGUUAUUUAACAAAAUAUUCAAAAAUCCAAGCAGCUUGUCUGACUCACAGAGUUUUGGGGUUUUGAAUUAGCGUAUAAAUUAUUUGUAAUAUAACUAAUGUUAUCAGACCGACUGAAUAAAUAAAUAUAUGAGUGA